AAGGAGGGAGGGCGUUUCCAUUGCACGUUUUUUCACUUUUUUGGUUAUUCGGGGACGAGAAGUAUAGUGAGAGAGAGAUAUUGAAAGGAGAAGAGCUUAAAAAUACCAAAUUGACCUCGGAUCUUCUUCUUCCUCUCUCUCGCUUCGCUUCUGUUAACUCCCUCUCCGAUUCGUUUCUGUUAGUCUUCUAGAAGCUUCCAUCAUGAACGGGAAAGCCAACGUUUCGAAGGAGCUCAACGCCAAGCACAAGAAGGAUAUAACCAGUGAUGAGUGAAGAGGUGGACUUGAGUGCUGUUAUACAUUGAUCAUGACAGCGGAAAAGACAUUGUGGGAACAUUAUUCGGUUUUUUUUCAAAGUUAUGCUGUUUUAUUCAAUUUUUAAGGAAGAAGGAAGUAAACUUAAUUUGUAUGUCAAAUGUUAAAAUGUUUCCCAAGUUGGUUUUCCAUAUGUGAAGAUGGAUCAAGUUCAAUUGAUUGGGGAGGAGUUUCCCUUGACUAGUGUGAUGUUUGUUUGUUUUGUGAGUAAAAUACUGGAAGGACUUCUUAAAUUACCAGAGAAUAGGGAAUGUGCUGACUGCAAAGCUAAGGGUCCAAGAUGGGCUAGUGUAAAUCUUGGCAUCUUUAUAUGCAUGCAGUGUUCAGGAAUACAUCGAAGUUUGGGGGUACAUAUAUCAAAGGUUCGUUCUGCAACCCUGGACACUUGGCUUCCAGAGCAAGUUGCAUUCAUUCAAUCAAUGGGCAAUGAGAAAGCAAAUAGUUACUGGGAAGCAGAAUUACCUCCAAAUUACGAUAGAGUUGGAAUUGAGAAUUUUAUUCGUGCAAAGUAUGACGAGAAGAGAUGGGUUCCACGAGAUGGGAAUUCUAAAACACCUUCAGGAUUGCGGGAAGAGAAAAGUCCAGCACAUUGGCAGAGGCCUGUGGAGAGAAGUGGUUAUGCUACUGUUUCUGAGAAUGCUUUUGAAGAAAGGAAGAAAAUCCAACCAUCAAAUGCAAUUCCUGCUCCAAGAGUUAGUGUUCCUGCUCCUCCCAGAGCACCUGAACAGGUAACUCCUGUCACCAAACCUGUGCAUGUUGAGAAAGUGGAACCAGUAGCACCACAACUACAAACUGAAACCUCAAAGAAGGCUACAGACACAGCUCAAAAUACCCCUCCAAAAGUUGACUAUGCUACAGACCUUUUCAACAUGUUGUCUAUGGAUGGCCCAACUGAAAAUGGCUCAGAAGCAUCUGGUACUACUGCUGAGGAUAAUCACUGGGCAGGUUUUCAGUCUGCUGCAGAGGUGUCAACAGCUGAGAAGACUAGUCCACUGAAAGCAGUCGAUAGUACUCCACAUUCUGCUUCUGGGAUUGAGGAUCUUUUCAAAGAUUCAUCUUGUGUGACAGCAAGCUUAGCUCCAGAAAAACCACAGAAAGAUGUUAAAAAUGAUAUCAUGAGCCUCUUUGAGAAGGGCAAUAUGGUUUCUCCAUUUACUAUGCAUCAACAGCAGCUUGCCAUGCUAGCACAGCAACAGUCUCUUCUAAUGGCUGCUGCAGCUAAAUCUGCUGGUGGGGAUCCCAGGUAUCCUGCUAGCAUACAACAACCUAGACCCAAUGGUUCUGUCCAAAGUUGGCCAGCUACUGGCUACUCAGUUUCUGGAUUAAUGCCCAUGGGUGGUCAGGGAGAGCUGCAGAAACUUAUGCAGGCUAGCAACAUGACCCCAGCACAUCUGGCAGGGAGCUCUAUUCAAUAUCCACCAUCCGGUUUCUAUGCUAUGGGGCAAGUUGCUUCAGUUAAUGGGAUGAUGACAACGGGAGUGAGUAAACCUCAGUCAGCAGCUCCAGUGACAUCAACCACUUCACAGUCUGCAAAGGAUUAUGAUUUUUCCUCCUUAACGCAAGGGAUGUUUACGAAACACUGAUUGAUCUUUUGUUGGACAAUGCCGGCUAUGUCAUGCCAUAGAAGAUUAGGUAAAGUUACAGGAAAUGCGCUUUCUUCUGUCAAUUUUCCCUUGAUCUAUCCAUGGACUGUAAACCAAUUGUAGAGCUAGUUCAGUUUUUACCUCGUUUAUUUCAGGUGAUUGCUUCAUUUGUAUCCAUAGGUGUAUUCAGUAUUCACAAUAAAAGUUAGUGAUAUUAAUUAUAUAUUCCUUCCUGUGCUUCUAUAUCUACUGUAAUGGUUAUCAAUGCUAAACAUAGUUU